AUGGCCAACACAUCUUUUUCACUGUGGCUCUUCCUCGUGUUCGCUGUGAUUCUCCCUGGCUGCUGCCAGCACUGGUCGUUUGGACUGAGCCCAGGAGGGAAAAGAGAGCUGGACGACCUGUCAAACACUUUGGAUAAUAUCAUUGAGAGAUUUCCACACGCAGAUGCUCUCUACAGUGUUCUUGGCUGUAAAGAAAAAUCCCCGCUUGAUAAAACCUGCAGAGAGGGAGGAUUAUUUGGCAGUGCCACCAAGAGAGAAAAAAGAGAGAGAAAGUAUAAAAAAUGA